AUGAGGGCAGAUCAGGAACAAAGGAAAAUUGAAAUCUUUACUUUGUAUAUUAUGGGCCUCAAGAAUCGCUGGGUUGAGAAUGGCCCGCUGCCUGAAAAUUGGACCCUGGCAGGAGUGUUUGCAAAGCUCGAUGAGCUCGAGGAUAUGAUCACGCAACGGUUCAAGGAAGUCAAACAUUAUUUUGUGGAGGUGGAGGAGCGCUGGAAUCUAGAGGAUCUACAUAUCUAG